UGGAGGCGGGCCCUUGCGCCGGCUCCGCAGGGCCAGGGGCGGGGCCUGCGCUGCUACCCUUACCCAAACCUGGCAACGGAGAAGCGAAGCCCCAGCCAAAGGCGGGAGUGAUGCCUGCGGGCUGUGGCCCCGCCCCGGGCCGCCAUUGCCGGGCCUGUGGGACCAAGCUACAACAGCUCUCUGUCCUUCUUUCGCUGAGCAGACCGGCUUGAUAGAGCCGUCCCCGACUGAACGCGCAUCUCCCCACGGCUAGGCAAGUCUCCGGCCGGCCCAACCCGCGUCGGCGGCCCCUGGACCGGGAGGGGCCGCCUGAGCUCGGGGCCUCCCACGGGAGGGCCCGGCGUCCAGGAGAACUCAGUCUCAGAGGCUCCCCUGGGCACGAUCAACCUUGAGCCAACUGGUUCCCGAGGCCCCUUCCUGUGCCCGCAAUGCCUCUUUCCGCGUUCCAGAGGAGCCUGGCCAGGUGGCUGGACGUACAAAGCUCACGGUCCCCAAACAGUUCACCUGCCGGCGGCCCCAACCCAGCGGGAGAAGUGGACAUGAGGUUGGCAGGUCCCCUCCGCAUCAUUGUCCUGGUUGUGACUGUGGGCCUCACGUGGAUCGUAGUCAGCAUCCUCCUGGGUGGGCCUGGCAGUGGCUUUCCUCGAAUCCAGCAGCUCUUCACCAGCCCAGAGAACUCCGUGACUGCAGAGCCGAGGGCCAAGAAGUAUAAGUGCGGCCUGCCCCAGCCAUGCCCUGAAGAGCACCUGGCCUUCCGCAUGGUCAGCGGGGCUGCCAAUGUCAUCGGACCCAAGAUCUGCCUCGAGGACAAGAUGCUCAUGAGCAGCGUCAAGGACAAUGUGGGCCGCGGACUGAACAUUGCCCUGGUGAAUGGGGUCAGCGGUGAGCUCAUCGAGGCCCGGGCCUUCGACAUGUGGGCAGGAGAUGUCAAUGAGCUACUGAAGUUUAUUCGGCCUCUGCAUGAAGGCACUCUGGUGUUCGUGGCGUCCUAUGAUGACCCAGCCACCAAGAUGAAUGAAGAGACCAGGAAGCUUUUCAGCGAUCUGGGCAGCAAGAACGUCAGGGACCUGGCCUUUCGGGACAGCUGGGUGUUUGUGGGCGCCAAGGGUGUGCAGAACAAGAGCCCCUUUGAACAGCACGUGAAGAACAGUAGACACACCAAUAAGUAUGAAGGCUGGCCCGAGGCACUGGAGAUGGAAGGCUGCAUCCCUAGGAGAACCACAGCCAGCUAGCCAGCUGAGCCCAAGCACCAAGCUGAGGGAGGCUGCGCGUGCCCGGCCCAGGAGGAGGCAGCGGCAGUGCCAGCGAAGAGCUGAGUUCCAGCCCCACACCUGGCCAGGAGUGUUUUCUUGCAUCGGCACCUCUGGGCUCUAAGGCGGUGACCAGUGUGUGACUGGCGGUGGGGACUGCAAUAACCAGCCUCAUCGUGAUUUGUCAGGAGAGCCCAGGUACCCAUCUCCUUCCUUUCCUAAAGCUGCUUUCCCUAGUCAGCUCCCACCCAGUUCCCAAGCAUCCCCAGGCACAAGACCCUGGGUGCUUUUGCCCCCUCAAAGCUGAUUGGGCAUCGCCCAGAACCUCUCUGCCCCAGAGCUGCUCACUGCUCUGCAGGCUCAUCCAGUGUGAUUCCUUCUGCUGAGCCACACCUGGCGGCUGCGGCAAGGGACCUGGCUGCCUCCUGCCCCAUUCUCUGCAGGAAGGGGCCGCCUUAGAGCUUGGUUGGCGGGGCAGUUGCAGUCCCUACUGCAAUGCGAGGCAGCUCCUGCAGUUUGUCGGAGGGCCCGCCUUCCAGAUGACCUCUUAAUAAAUUGGUGCCCUCCAGUGGAAUGAAGUGCAUUCA